CAAAGCAAAGACCAGGUACUCCCAUGGCUUGCAGUUCACCACUAAGCAUCUCUCUGUUAUCGUCCCUGACUCUGAUUCUUCUGCUUAAAAUAUCACCUGGGUGCCGAUGCCACAGCAUAAUGGGCCACAACUUCUCUAUCAAAGAAGCCGCCGUGCAUGAUCUCCAACUGGCUUUCAAGCAAAACAAGCUCACUUCAAGGCAGCUAGUUGAGUUCUAUCUGAGAGAGAUUAGCAGGCUCAACCCGAUCCUUAAAGGGGUCAUAGAGGUGAAUCCAGACGCCCUGUACCAAGCUGAUAAGGCUGACUAUGAGCGGGAGGCAAAGGCGCCAGGAUCACAAUCUCGGUUGCAUGGCAUCCCAGUUCUGCUCAAGGAUAAUAUUGCAACAAAAGACAAGCUGAACACCACGGCUGGCUCAUUUGCACUGGUUGGCUCAGUUGUACCUCGGGAUGCCGGCGUGGUAACCAAGUUGAGGAAAGCUGGUGCUAUCAUCUUGGGGAAGGCAAGCUUGGGCGAGUGGUCCCAUUUUAGGACCGCCAGGGGUCCUCUUGCUUGGAGUGCCAGAGGUGGCCAAGGCAAGAAUCCUUAUACAUUAGGAGAACCUUGCGGGUCAAGUAGUGGUUCCUCGAUAUCAGUAGCGGCAAACAUGGUGGCAGUGUCACUGGGGACAGAGACUGAUGGUUCAAUUAUAUGUCCGGCAAGUUUUAACGCAGUAGUGGGCAUCAAACCAACAGUUGGUCUCACUAGUCGAGCGGGUGUAAUUCCAAUAUCUCCAAGACAGGACACUGUUGGGCCCAUUUGUAGGACGGUAUCAGAUGCCGUUUAUGUUCUUGAUGCCAUUGUAGGCAUUGAUAAUAACGAUAAUGCAACAAUUAGAGCCUCAAGGUACAUCCCAAAUGGUGGCUAUGGACAAUUUCUUAAGGUUGCUGGGCUAAGAGGGAAGAGAUUGGGGAUAGUGAGAAAUCCCUUCUUCAAUUUCGGAAACAAGACUUUCUUGCAUCAAACUUUUGAGCGACAUUUCAAGACAUUAAGGCAAAGAGGUGCAAUUCUGGUGGACCAUCUGGAAAUAGCCAACAUUAAGACUAUCCUUGAUUACAAUUUGAGUGGUGAAGAAACUGCAUUGCUGUCAGAGUUCAAAAUAUCAUUAAAUGCUUACUUAAACAAGCUUGUAGCUUCUCCAGUACGAACCAUGGCGGAUGUGAUAGCCUUCAACAACAAAAACCCAGAAUUGGAAAUGAUCAAAACAAUUGACCAAGAACAGUUUUUAAGUGCGGAAGCCACAAAUGGAAUUGGAAAAGCAGAGAAGGCAGCACUGUCAAAUUUAUCAAAACUAUCGAGGGAUGGAUUCGUGAAGUUGAUGACAAAGAAUAAGCUUGAUGCCUUGGUGACUCCUGAUUUCUCUGUUUCUAGUGUUCUUGCAAUUGGUGGUUUUCCAGGAAUAAGUGUCCCAGCAGGAUAUGACACUAAAGGGGUGCCAUUUGGCAUUUGCUUUGGGGGCUUAAGAGGUUCAGAGCCAGAGUUGAUUGAGAUCGCUUAUGGUUUUGAGCAAGCAACAAAGAUCAGGAAGCCUCCAUUCUAACGUUGAAGCUUUUGAAUUUCAGCCAUUCGAAGUUUUACAACUAGGAAUCAUGAACAUAAUCAACUUGGUAUUUCGUUGAAUUAUGUGCAUGUACAAUCAAUGUGCAGCAAAUUGAAACAACUUUCACCUUCUCUGUUUCCUAUUUGUG